UGCUUUCCAUGCACACGCAUCAUUCCUUCUGCCUUAGAAGUCACUAAGAUUCACCUACCAUCUGGUGGAGACCCUCGUGCGUCACGCGUCGUAGGCUUUAAAUAGAGGCUGCAGCAGAGCUCACGUAUCUAACGAUCUGCAGAGGUGCGAGGAGACGUUUCUGCAGAGUUCACGUCAACUAAGUCACUGCUGACUUCAGCGAACACUUUGGCAAUUUCCAGGAAAAGUUCUUCUUUCCUUCGUUAAACUCAUCUACUCUGUCUGGAUGCGAUGGCCAACUCUGGACUCCAGCUCCUCGGUUUCAUCCUCUCGCUGGUCGGUCUCGCUGCCACUAUCUCCGCUACGUUCAUGGUUCAGUGGAAGAAGCAGUCACAGAGCAAAGCGCAUCGCGUCUAUGAAGGCCUGUGGAUGACCUGCAGUGGCAACGAGAGAACAACCUGCGACCCUCACGACUCCGUCUUGAAACUGCCACCUGAGGUCCAGGCUACCAGAGCAGUGCUGCUGUUCAGUAUCUUGCUCUCUGCUGUGGCAGUGAUGAUCUCCAUAGUGGGAAUGAAAUGCACCCACUUCAUGGAUGCCAAGCCUUCAAGCAAGUCCCUUGCAGCUCUGAUCGGAGGAAUCCUAUUCAUGUCUUCAGGUUUAUUGACCAUCAUCAUCACUUCCUGGUAUGUGAAAAUGAUUGUUAACAGUUCCCAACAAACCCAUCGUCUGCAGAGCUUAGAGUUCGGUAAGGCAGUGUUUGUCAGCGGGUUCGGUGGCUUCCUCACCAUGGGCGGUGGCGCUUUCUUGAGCUGUCGGCGAUGCUCAAAGCGCCAGGCAGCCCAGUCCAUAAGCUCCAACCACCUGCUGCCCACCGCCAUCCCCAAGUCCAACUACGUCUAGUGGAGAAGAGUGAGGAAGGGGCCAGGAGGAGCCCUGAUACAGUCGGUCCAGGAGAGGAGCUCAUGUCCCUCUGUGGGACUGUAAUCAAUAUGCUACCAGCCAGUCAUUAGAGGCAGGACCAGGCUUUGGCUCUAAUUUAUCAUGGUGUGACUGGGGUGCUGCUGUCGGGUGUAAGGAUGUGAAGGAUUCAGUGUUUAAACUACCUGUAAGUAAUUACAAAGUGUGUGUGUGUGUGUGUGAGUGUGUGUGUGUGUGAGUGUGUGUUUUAAGUCUACACAUCCAGUAUAAACACAGUGGACAGUGUCAGCCUCUACAAGUGUGAAAUAAGUUUCUCUUCAUAGCUACGAGUGAAGAACACUUGUUUCAAUAGUUUCCAUAAAAUGUUGUACACUCUGCAGCAAGAUAUCUGUACUUUGCCUCUUCAGUUUCACACUGUUAUUAAUAUUUGUAUAGGUUGUUUAUUAUAUGAUUAAUGUUUUUUAUUUUUAGUCUUGUAACUUGUCAGGUUGUUUUUAUUGUUUACAAUAUGUAAUACAGUACAUGCUCUGUUUGAAAGAUAAUAUUU